AACAAACGCAGUUAUAUACCAAUAGAUCAGCCCACGGUUGCAACAAUUUGAUAGCGGAAUUGAAAUUUCAACCAGUAAGUGAACAGUACAAAAAUUUUACGAGGAUGUCUCCGACGGACUUUGAAUAUAUUCUCACGUUGAUUGGAUCACAAAUACGAAAACAAGAUACAAAAUGGAGAGCUCUGCCAUCACAGUGCAAGAAAGACUUGCAGUCACGGUGCGAUUUUUAGCGACCGGUGAUUCAGAUAGCAGUUUGCAAUACAGGUUUCGAAUUUCAAAGCAACCGAUCAUUCCAGAAGUUUGUGAGGCAUUGAUCGAAGAUUUAAAGGAAAAUAUACAAGAACAAAUGCAAAUAACUAUUGAAUCGCUUGCUUGUACGCCACUGCAAGGUAUCAAGAAAAAAAAGUUCCGUAUGAACUAAGGAACAGACCCAUGGACAAGAUUUGAUGGACUGUGAAAACAACUAUUUUUUUAUAGGAAAAUAUCACACAGAUAUUGUGAGGACUACAGUCUGAUGUACUUAAAAAAUUUUCUUUAAUC